CUCUGAGUAAUGGGCUUUGUGCAUCCUCUCUUGCUGACGGCCAGGAUGUAUCCAUGGCAACGCCAGGUCGAUCCUGGCUGUGAGCGGAGCUGGUGAGAGGGACUUGAAAGGGAGCGUUAAACCCUUCUGUCUCAUCUGCCCUGCGCUUUUCUCUGACCAUGGCAAAACGCGCGGCCUUGUUGAAAUCUCAGCCCCAGGGGUGCGAGCCGUGGCUGUGACCCAUGACACUCACGCCGUAACGCAGCACUGCCACCUUUUGACCCGAUACUAAAAAAGGGUCUAAAACUAGUUAUUUCCCUCCUUUUUCUGUGUGAAUAUUUUAUUUUUUCUGUAAACACGCUCAAACCUGAUGAAACAAAAGAGCGUGGGAGGGUUUUAUUCCUUCUUUUGAAUUAUAAGUAAUCAAAUAUUGCAUCUUUUUAUACUACUUUUUACUUUUUUCAAGCUUAAAUCUGAAAGAUUUGGUCAUUUUGCUUCUGCUUAAACUAAUAAUUUACAGUCUCAUUGCUUUUAUUUAUAAUUGUUUAACUUUUUCUUCGCUUUAUCAGUUCUCCUCUUUAACAAAUCCAUCAAGUUAAGUUGUGUCACCCCAUUUUUUAACCAUUUUUUCCACCUUUUUUUUUAUAUUUACAAUUUCCACUGAUCAUGUGUUCCACCCAGAGGAAAAGCUACAGGAUUAGAUGUGCUGCUGUCGCCCCCUUGUGGAUUAAAGUGUGCAUCCAUCGGAACAUGACUGAGUUGAAUGUAACAGGACAUAUGCUUUUUCAUUUUUUUUAACACACAGGUGACAGAAUAAUUAAACCAGGGUUAGGUGGGUCACUGAUCUGCCGUGCACAAUUAAAUCUCCUCCCCAGGAGUUUCGUAAUUGUCACAGUUGUGCAACUUGUAAUAAUGUGUGUGAAUAUUCAUGCAGCUGCGCCUCUCCGAGGGCUUGGGGCUGCAGCCCAGGGAGCUCCGUGACCUUCUUGUUAGGUCGGGAUGGAAGCCGAAGGCUAUCUGCUGAUCACUAAUACAUAUUCAAGAACCGCUGGCCACCCGGGUGUAGAGCGAGAACCAAGAUCAAGUUUGAUUAAGGCCAAGCGUGUUUGUUCGGUCUUCACAGCUGCAGCUAAACACAUAUUGACCAAGUCUGCUGCCUUUCUCAUCCUCUCACAUAUUCACCUCUUUUGCUUCAAGGCAAGCUACAGUUUAACAGAUUAACAAAAAGCAUCAGUCCAGAUAACGUGUUUUGUAUUGGUUUUACACAUCUAAUGCGGCUCCUUGAAGGUCUCCUAUGCUAUCAUCAGGUUUUCAUUGUAAAGACUCCCGUCAUCCCUGAAGCGUCUAACGUUUCAUUUUCUGGCCCCACCGUAUUUCUGAAAAUAAUCUCAGCCUGUUUAAUGGAGCUCAGAUCAAUACAGAUGGAUCAGACUCAUGUAUUACCUUUUCACAUCCCAGCUAGCAUCACCUCUGGGAAUCUGCAUUUAUCUCCACAUUCAAUCAUGAGAGGGUUUGUUUAAGAUGUUUUCUUCUCCACUGCUUGUACAUAUUUGCUUUCACUUAAUCUGCUUUCCACAGAAUUGCUCUCAGCUCUGUCAGGGUUAUGUAAUUCCAGUCAGAUUUGUUGGUCAAACGAGCCAUUACAUUCUAAUAACGCAGAGCGGAUGGAAGUCCUGAUUAAAUUUCUCGACCUUUCAACGUGGUGUCUGCUCCCUAAUAGCUUAUGUCUUGAUUAGCCAUCACACAUGACCUCAGCACUCUCUUUUCCUCAACUUUCCUAAAGCUCGUUAAAAGAGAAGACCUCACAGUGACACCGCUGUUUUACUUUAUCUACUCAGACGUUCCAGUGGUGGGAUCGGUAAAACCAAAAGAAUUUGAUUUCACAGUCAUGCUGAGAUCGUUUCAUUUAAGGAAAGAGGAGGACGGUCUGAACUGUAAAAUCAGCAUUUUGUUUAGUGCUUUCGCAGCUCUAAAUUCCAGCUCCGGUGCUCUGUGUCAAGCCCUUUGUUUUUGUAAAUAGUGAAACUCUGAUCUGUAGCCGGGUCCUGUGGGAGGAUCCUGUGUCCCGCACCCUCAUGGCCUCACUUUCUUCCUCAUUCUCCCCCCUCCUUUGGUUUCUUUCUUGCUCAUUUCAAAAUAACUUGAAGGGAUGGAUCUAACCGCAUCUCACAAGGACAAACCAAGGCAGGGCAUCACUGUGCAUGUGAUUGGUGCAAAGUCGGCCUUUCAGUCCAAGCUUCUUGUUUUUAGAGGACCUUUUGGCUUUGUUUAGGGGCAAUUGGGUUUGAUUGGCUCUAUACAUUCGUGUUUUUGUGUUCUGUAUCUGACUUCAACCAUUAGUAGAAGAUCUUUAGUCCUUUUUUGACUUUUUCAGGACUCAGCCUUGUUUCUUUCUCAUCUCGCCCAUUUUACUACUCACCACCAUGCCUCUCCGGAUCAUGUGCACCAUCUCCUUCUCGACGGAUGAUGAACCCUGCAGAGGAUACUGUAAAGAUGGCUUUGAUGACUAUUACAAGCGUAUGCAGAAGGACUACGGUGAAGGGGGCUCACAGGACUGCCUGGACAAAUCCAGUCAGGUGGACAAUGACAGCGAGGAGGAGGACAUCGGGAGUGAUGUGGAUGACCUGGCCACUUUCUUUGGUGGUUGCUCGCUCCAUGGAGCCAACCAUGUGUUUGUAGAGGACAAGAAGUUUGGAGUUCGCCAAGGUUUGUGGGCGGUGGUCUUCAACCUCGCACUGUUCGCUUUUCUGUACCAGGUGUACGACAGGGUUAAUUACUAUUUCCAGUAUGACCACAUCACCAUGCUGGAUGAGAGGGUUGCCAACAUGAAGAUCUUUCCUGCCAUCACCAUAUGCAAUUACAACUUUAUCCGGAAGUCUCAGAUGAGCUACAGCGACCUGAUUUUUACGAGCGCCCUGUUGGGCUUCGAGGAAGGCAUGGCACCCGGGUUUCAGGUGGCGCCAGAGCCGGAUCGUCCGCUGGGCUCACGCUUUAGCCUGGAUGAGUUCUUCAGCCGAACCCGGCAUCGCAUGGAAGACAUGCUGCUGGAGUGCAACUAUGCUGGCAAGGAGUGUGGGCCUAAUGACUUCAGAGAGAUAUUUACACGCUACGGGAAGUGCUACACCUUUAAUUCAGGCUUGGACGGACAGCCCCUGAAGGUGACGACGAAGGGUGGGAUGGGCAACGGGCUGGAGCUGAUGUUAGAUAUCCAGCAGGAUGAAUACCUGCCCGUGUGGGGAGAAACUGAUGAAACAUCAUUCGAAGCAGGGAUUAAAGUUCAGAUCCACACCCAGGAUGAGCCGCCUUUCAUUGACCAGCUGGGAUUCGGAGUGGCACCGGGGUUUCAGACCUUCGUUUCCUGUCAGGAACAACGGCUGACGUACCUGCCGCCGCCAUGGGGAGACUGCAAGUCCACGCCGAUUAACUCAGACUUCUUCAGUAGCUACAGCAUCACGGCCUGCAGGAUCGACUGUGAGACCCGAUACCUGGUGGAGAACUGCAACUGCAGGAUGGUCCACAUGCCCGGAGAUGCCCCAUACUGCACCCCGGAGCAGUACAAGGAGUGUGCAGAUCCUGCCUUGGACUUUCUCGUCGAGAAAGACAAUGAUUACUGUGUGUGCGAGACGCCGUGCAACAUGACUCGAUACGGUAAAGAGCUGUCUUUUGUCAAGAUACCCAGCAAAGCGUCAGCCAAGUAUCUGGCAAAGAAGUAUAACAAGACGGAGCAGUACAUAGCUGAUAACAUUCUGGUUCUGGAUAUCUACUUUGAAGCGCUCAACUAUGAAACCAUUGAACAAAAGAAAGCCUAUGAAUUGGCAGGCCUUCUGGGUGAUAUUGGAGGUCAAAUGGGUCUCUUCAUUGGUGCGAGCAUCCUCACUGUUCUUGAGCUCUUUGACUAUUUAUAUGAGGUGAUCAAGUACAAGCUGUGCAGAUGCAUGAAGAAGAAACACAAAGGCCGCAGCAACAACGAUCGGGGGGCUGUGCUGAGCCUGGAUGAUGUGAAACACCAUGCCCCUUGCGAGAAUCUGCAUACACCCUCGACCUAUCCUGGGAACAUGCUACCUCACCAUCCAGGCCAGGGCAACUUUGAAGACUUCACUUGUUGAGCAGAUCCUGGUGAAACAGCAAAGUGCGUGUUAUGCAACCAAAGCCAACCAUAAGACAGCAAGGACUAUCCAACGCACAGACAGUGAGGAACUGAUGCUAAAUCCAAUAAAGGCACUUUUUACAUAAAGACUACGAAGAAAAAACAAGCUAAUUCUACGUGACAAAAGAUUUUCACCCAAGGCCAAGUGAAGAAAAAGCCCUGAAUAUAAAAAAACAUAUAUAUUAAAAUUUUUAGGAGAACAUUUCAUGCAGCACUCAACUCUUGUUGUUUUCCUCUGGAAUACUGCCGCAAAGGAUGCUCGUGGAGAAACUUUGCCAACGUGGAACUCUCGUACACAAAACAGGAGCACUAAAAAAAAUGUAAAAGAUCCCUGAAAGAUGUACAGUUAACUCACCAUAAAACAGACACAAAAAGGCCCCAUACCUUUAUAUAACACAUUAUGAACCCACACAACACUACACCUGCUUAUGUGACGACAUCCAUAACGCUUACUCUACUCUACAUGUAGCAACACGUGUAACUGUUGCAGCGACUCAUCUGACGACAGCUGUGUAGUUAGUCUGAGAAUGUAUUUCUGUUCACAUUGUGUGUAAUGGAGCGUAAUGGGGUUAGCAUUCAGGGGAAAUCGUGGCUGGGAAGUGGUUGAGAUGCAACAUCUAACUUUUUUUGGGAAAAGAAAUGUACUGGUGAAAAUUUCAGGCCUCAUCAUCAUCAUCACCAUUAUCAUCAUGUAAAUGCAUGCUUGUAUUUGUCUAGUAGUGCAUGUGUUUCAUUUCAUUUCUACUUCAGAUUGAUUUUCAUGACUUUAUUUUAAGAAAAAUACACCUAUAUGAGCAUUUACAUCCCAAUUACCAAGUUUGCCUCAGCGAAAAACAUGUCAAGGAGAAUGAUGCAUCUCAUAUAAGUGUGUGUGUGUGUGUGUGUGUGUGUGCGUGUGCGUGUGUGUGUGUGUGUGUGUGCGUGCGUGCGUGCGUGCGUGCGUGCGUGCGUGUGUGUGUGUGUGUGUGUGUGUGACACCAUUUGUGCCCAACUAGGUGAGUGUCGUUAAUUGUGCAGAGGAAUGAGCUUUGCCUAAUUUCACUUCACUCCAUUUUUCAUUUCCACGUGUCCGAUGAGUCGAUAGAAUCCGCUUCAUUCACUUUCGAGGCAAUCUGUGUUGAGGUGAAGUAAGGUCAUGCUUUUUUAUUAUCAUAAUUUCUAUUUCUCUUCAUUUUUUUUUUAUUUUAUCACCUAAGAGUUGGUCGAGGAAAUCCUUGGGAGUUACUGUAUCUGUUUUCUAGUUGCAAAGUCUUUAUCGAAGCACAAUACUGCGAGUAUGUAUAGGUGAUAUUAAAAAAGUAUCCUUGUUAUAUUGUCAUAUUAUUCAUAUCGUGUUGAUUCAACUGUUUUUAUUUUUUAUUAUUUUUAUUUUUUCAUACAAAGUUUACUCAGCAUCGCCUGAUAAUCCUGUCUCCAUCCUUCGGGUAAUGGGAUUGUCUAUUUAGGUUUGAAAGCAUAAAUAAAAUGUAACUAUGAUUUUAGAAAAAAAAGUUGUCUUGUGAGGCUUUCUUCUUAUCAGAAUCUCCUUUUUUAUGGGUGAGUGGGCAAACUGAGGCAACAUGAUGAAUUUUUCAGCCCCACAUAGAGUGCAGAUGCUUGUUUUUUUAAAUCACAAGAAGCUUUCUGAAAAUCUGAUUAAGUAUCUUUCAAAGGGCUUUCCCAUCUCUGCUUUCCUCUAAUCAACAUGUAAUCUUGAUUUUCGCCUUGCAACACAUUUUCUUUGAACUAAAUCAGAAUUAAGGAAAUAGUUUAUCAGCAGGAGUACUGUAUUAAGCAAGCUAUCGCUUAUCUGUGUCAACCAUUCUUCGGUGUGCAGUUAAAAGGCUCCAAUAUUGGUGUUUUGCAGCUUCUUGAAAUGUAAUUGCACUUCCUGUUGCUAGAUGACAAAAGCACGGAUGAGAAAUGCGCUGCUCAGCCAAUUCAAGUUUUAAUCAAGAUUGUCAGUCAGCCAGCAACAGAACAUUUUGGGUGACUUCCCUCGUUCUCUGCUGUACGUCUGCUGCUCUGUGGUGCAUGACAGAGGAUACUGGAAACAAAAAUCAUGUUUGCCACUCACUCAGAUGCAUGUCAGCCCAGCUCUCUCACCGGGGCAUCAGGGGUCAUUUGGGGAUGAGAAUUUUAUUUUUCACCUGAUUAUUUUUUCAUGAAAGCACACAUUAACAUCAUUCAUCAAACACAAUUUCAAUUUUCAUGAUUUCAGAGGGGGACCCUCAGAUGUUAACCACGCAUUAAUAUACAAGCUUAAAGCUCCAAAUGAAGGAUGAGGAGCGUCUGAUGAAGAGUUUCCUGCUUUAAGUGGCUGAGACAUGACUUUUCCCUCCAUUGGUGGCUUCAUUUUCUGUUGUACCUGCCAAAAAGACAAACUAAUGAAGUACUAAAGAAUAAAAAUGUUCAUUUUCUGGCAUCCGUGUCUUUGUCUAAGCGACAGUCUGCAUCCUGGAAAAUUGGAAGAAGGGUCAGGAUACAGGAGAGCUGCCUGCCAGUGACAGAAAUCCUGCAGGAGAUGCUUGCUGCAUCCUGAUAAGCCUCCGCAGGCUAAGCGGGGGUGGGAGGUGGCAACACCAGCAGGAGUGCAGACAAACUGGAAUUCUUUGCAAAAAUAAGCAAUUAACAUGACUUUACUGCAGUCUCGAGGGUCCUAAUUGCAAGCACAUCCUGAAAUCCUGGCAGUGGCUUCCCUUCUCUCUGAACAAGGUUGAAAUCUUUACGCGCCCUCGUCGCCUCACAGACAUAAAGAUCAAAGAUAACUGAUCCUUCUGAGCUCUCACCUUGCUGUUCGACAUGCGGCCAAUCUGUGGACAGUAGGAGCAGAUGCUCCUGUAAUGGAAUCCAUCCCAAAUGGGCUGCCCUUUCUAAAUUGCUGGAACAUCCACCACUAAUCACUGCAAGCAGCUGGUUGUAAUUUAUGGAGGGGGUGCAAGAAAAUCUCUGUUUGUUGUUAUGCUUUAAUGAAAUGUGUUUUGCUGCUGUUUUCAUCCUUAUCUGACAUUUAAAUCUUGCUGUCUGCUGUCACUGAACACUCACACACUUACACACAAGUUAGAGGUAAUGCCCUCCUAAUCCUUUUAUUGCUUCUUAUUAUUGACUUGAACACGGAUAUUACACCCCUGAUGAGGUGGGCUUUGUUUUGUUGUUUCCAAUACCAUAAUGUUUGAGAAAUAAAUACGUAGAUUAUGGGUAAGUUUGAGUAAACUGUCUCUUUUAUCAGUGCCACUGUUUGUAUUCACACACUUUUUUUCUUUGAGGUUUCAACUGCCAUGAAAAUGUUUGGAUUUAGCACGAAAUAAAGUGGUAAAAUUACUUAAAUGCAUGUAAAUAUAUAAAAA